AUGCCAAAUUUUCCAUGUUCGGACACAUCCGAACAAUUAUCUCUUAAAAAGCAUCUAAUGUAUAAACACAAUUUAUCGAAUACAGCUGCAAAUAAAAUUGUUCUUGAUCGUAUGAAUAAUCAUAUAGAUGAAAAACAAACAAAUGAUAAAAAUGAUUUAAUAUUUAAUAAUACUCAAGAAUUAUUUUCACAUUCAGUUCAUUGGCAUAAAGGUCGAUGUCCAUUUUCAUAUGGUUUUAAUAAUGUUUUUAAUUUAACAUUAUCAAAUCAUCAUAUUAAAAAUUAUAAUUGUCGACAUAUAAAACAAUGUUUACUUUUAUCACAUUUACGUGUAUCACAUAAUUUAAAUAUAAAAUCAGCUAAAAAAAUCGUUAAAACAAUGAUGUCAUCAUCUAUUGAAAGUAAACAAAAAUCAACCAUUGAAAAUGAUAUUAGAGAAAUUAUUUUAUUUCAAAAAGAUGACGCUGUUUUAAAUACAAAUCCAAAUAUUUAUAAUGAUGAUCGAAGAUUUCGACAUUAUUGUCCAUUAACAAAUGUAACAUCAAUAAUAAAUGAAGAUAUUCAAGAUCAAACAUUACUUAAUGUGCCUUGUAAUAAAACCAAUGAAAAAUUUAUUCUUUUUGCUCAUCUUCAACACUAUCAUCAAAUGAGUGGUGAACUUGCACUUCGUCUAAUUCGUUCUAUUCGAACUAGUACAGAAACAACAGUAAUAAACGAUUUUAUUAUCACUAAUAAUAAUAAACAAUCUACAACAACAAAUACAACAGUAGCCGAUGAAAUUGAUAUCGUACCAUAUAAAUGUUUAUGUCCUUAUUCAACGACAUUGAAUAGUGGAAAUUCAAAUUUAUUAAAAAAAUUUCUAAGAUUUGUUAAAAAUAUUCCCUGUGAUCGUCCAUGUCCAGUAAAUCUGUAUCGACAUUUACGAAAUUAUCAUAAAGUUGAUUUACAAUAUGCAAAAGAUAUAACUCGAACUAUAAUGCUUAGUAAAACAAUUAAAUCUGAGAUUUCAACAGAAGAUAAUCGAAUUGAUCAACAAAACUCAACGUCGAUUAGAAAACGAACAAAACUACCUAAAUCAACAAGUAAUUAUGGAACAACAAUUUCAUUAAGUAGAAUUUGUUAUUUUAAAAAGAAUAAUCAUACAUUAAAUUUUACUUUUGUUUUAGUACACAUGAAUUUAAAUAGUGUGAAUUCAGAAAUGAAAAAUGAAUCAAUUGAUUUCUUAAUUGACAAUGAAAACCCUGAAGAUUGGGAUUCAUCAAUGAUAAAUGAUGAAGAAUCACUUUUUCUAUCAUUUGAUGAAGAUAGAUUAAAUAAUGAUGAUAUUGAAAAAGACUUUUAA